AUGUCUCCUGCAUCAUUAGAUUACGAAAUUUACAAAGAAGGUGGGAUCCUUAACGACAGAUAUCAGAAGAUCGAGGACAUCAGUGAGGGCUCCUACGGGUUCGUAUCCCUUGCCAAAGAUUUGAAAGAAAGGAAACUAGUUGCUAUCAAGUACAUAUUCAAACUGGAUUCAGAUGAUCAUGAUCAUGCAUCGGGCUCCGAGGAUGAUGAAAAUGAUGCUAGUUAUCAAUCCAGUCUGGAGAAGAAACAGUAUCAGAAAUCAGUCAUUUCAGAUGAAGUAAAGGGAAGGUUGACAAAUGAUAUUUGUAUGGAGGCGAUGUAUGAAGUGGAUAUCUUGACUAAAGUGGGGAAGCAUAAGAAUAUUGUCUCGUUGGUGGAUUAUUUCGAUUCUUAUAUCAUUAUGGAGUAUUGUUCUGGAGGAGAUUUGUACGAAGCCAUUAAGGAUGAUUUGGUUCCGAAAAAGACAAAGACCAUUACACAUAUUUUUUCACAGAUUAUGGACGCCAUAGAGUUUGUACAUGGGAAAUCCAUCUAUCAUAGAGAUAUUAAACCGGAAAAUAUACUUAUAACAGGUAUUGAUUGGACUAUUAAGUUGACAGAUUGGGGGUUGGCCACGACACAUGAAACUUCCUUCGAUAGAUCUGUUGGAAGUGAAAGGUAUAUGGCUCCUGAAUUGUUUGAAUCCAAUUUGGAUAUUGAAGAAAGAAAGGAAGCUUAUAAGUGUGAUAAAGUGGAUUUAUGGGCAAUGGGUAUUGUCUUUUUAAAUAUCGUCUUCCAAAAAAAUCCAUUUAGUGUAGCCAAUCAAUCAGAUAAGUCAUUUUGUUAUUUUGCAGCAAAUAGAGAGGCAUUGUUUGAUGUCUUUUCCACAAUGACUUAUGAUUUUUUCCAAGUGUUAAGAUAUAGUCUAACCAUUGAUCCAGAAAAUAGAGAUUUAACCAAGAUGAGAUCUGAAUUGGCCAAUUUGAAUGAAUACACAUUGGAUGAUGAAUAUUAUAACACUUUGGAAGAUGGAUAUGAAACGGAAAUUUCAGAUGCAACUACAUUAAAUACCACACCUCCACCUCCAAUUCCACCUUCUUCUGCACCAGUGGGACUCCCAUCACCUGUGGCAUCAUCUAAACCACCAAUGCCAUUACAAUUUAAGAAUGUCUUUGAACCAAUUAAUGUAAAUUCCAAGCUUUCUCACACUGAUUCAAGUGCAACCGCUGUAGAUUCUUCACCUCCGGGCAAUAAUGAUACUAGGAAUAAUAAAGAUAACAAUAAUGGGCAUCUUUCCCCUUCGUCAAAACCUCAUUCUACUACUACUACAACAACUAAUGAGUUUAAGAAACCAACGGAAAUUCCUCAAUUUAAUAUUCUUCGUUACAAGAACGAUAGCAAUAAAAGUAAUGCCAGUAACAAUAGUUACAAUUACAACAAGAAUAAUAAUAAUAAUAACAACAACACAUAUUACCACAAUAAUAAUCAUUUGAAUAAUGUAAGCAAGUACAAUAACAACGUUAUAAGAAGAGAUUCUUAUAAUAUUGGCAACACGAAAAAGGAAAGAGCCAAAUCUGUACCUAAAUUUAGAUUUCAAAAACGUCCUCAUCGUAAAAAUAACAAUAAUGAUGGAUAUUCCAAGGCAAAACCUAUUAGAAUUGAGAAUAGACAGAGAAGUAAAAUAUUGAAAAAUUCGAGAAAACCUUUAGGUAUUCCAACACCAAAUACGCAUAUUAAUAAUUUUUUCCAAGAUUAUAAAUCUAGAGAAAAUAAAGAGAAUGAUUUUAAUACAAGAGAUUUCUUUACACCUCCAAGUGUUCAAAAUAGAUACAUGGAAGGUAUUUUUAAUAAUAAACAUAAACAACAGCAGCAGCAACAACGAACAUACAAUAACAAAAAUUGGAAUAAAAACUUGCCUAGCAACAAUGGUCACAUUGGUACGACAACAAUUGAUUAUGGUAAUAAUUACAAGAGCUACAGAAGACCAAGUACUACAGGAAGUUCAUAUUAUAGUAAUAAAGCAUCUGUCCCCAGAUUUAGUAUUAGUCAACAUAAUGCCACAGGUGGGUUUAUGAGACGUGGAUCUGCCACAGUACAACAUUCACCAGGUAGUUAUAUUCCACCAAAUGCAAGAAAUAGUCAUUAUAGUAAUAGUGUCAAUAACAUGAAUGGUCAAUUUUUAUCUGCAUCACCGAACAUUCCUGAUAUUUCCACGGUACUAAAUGAACCGAAGCAUGGUAGUUAUCAUGGGACUUCCAGUAAUAGUAUGAUUAGACAACCACAACCUGAAAGAUAUUCUUCUCAUGGGAAUAAUAAUCCGACAACGGCUUUGGCAAAUUCUUUAUUAGAUGCUGGUGAUACGGACGAACAUGAUUCUGAUGAUAUUCUAUUCACACUUGAUGAAACUGAUGGUGAUUUUGUUCAAAAUAUGAACAAUUUGACUAUUAAUAAUAAGGAAACAGCCAUUAAUCAUAAUAAUACCAGGCCCAUGCAUCAAGGUAAUCAUCCUGCAGUACCUACAUUAUCCAAUUCAGGUGGCGAAUUACCUGAUUUAUUAAAGUCUCCGAUGACUCAAUCAAAUGCAAACUUAUAUGGUGGGUCUCCUCAUAUGGGUGGUAAUGGUGGUGGUGGUAAUACCAUGAAUCCACUAUUACAACCUAUUAAGAGUUCGAAUCGUCGCGAUUCCGAAUCCAAAUAUAAGCCUGGUGUUUAUGUGCCACCACAUCAUAGAAAGAGUUUCCAUAAUGGUACAACUAAUGAAGCUAUAUUAUCCGUGUCUCAUAAUUCUGUUGAUUAUGAUAAUGGUAGUGGUGGUGAAUCAUCUGUUGGUUCAAGGAAGUACAGUGCUGGACCUGUGACAAACAGGUUGGAGUUAUUGGGGUCCAGUUUCAACAAGCCGUUGAUGCCAUUUGAUCAACCAAGCGUUACUACUACAGCUGUUGAGGACCAUGAUGUUUUUGCCGAUUCCAAUAAUGAUGCUUUAUUUUUCGAGGAUGAUGAUGAUGAAGAGAAUGAUGAUGAUGAAGAAGAUGACGGAGAUUACCCUAAUGAAAGAUCGAUGUUUGGUCCGUAUGAUAUUUAUACAGACCAUAAGAAUAAGGAUGGGGGUAAUGGUGAUGAUGAGCAUCAACGUCAUGGUCAUCACCAUCGUAAGAACUGGAAAUCGAGCACAUUUGGUGGAGAUGUUGUUGGAUCAUUAGAGCAAUAUAAGAACAACUGGUUAAUGCUACAGCAACAACAGGAUUGA